UUAAAAAUAACGCCUUUUUUUCACAUUAUUCGCUCGUUUGCUGUCUGCUUUCCUGGUUUCUUCAGAAAAUAGUAUACGAAAGAUAUGCAGGAGAAUUUGAGGGCCCGUUCCAUAGCGGGCGAUUCAGAAGCUCCAUCACGGAUUUCUCGAGCUCGACUAUUGAACCUCUCGAAUUUGGGAUCAGCUGGCCUGCGCGAGCAAAUAAUAGAUGUUACUAAAACGCAAUGGCAUAUGGGAAUAUCGUCUUUUGGUGGUCCAGUGGUGCAAUUCGAAAAUUUCAAUAGAAUUUUUGUCGAGAAAUACGAAUGGCUGAGUGACUCCACAUACCAAGAACUCUUUGCCCUCGCGCAAGCUCUACCUGGCUCGGCGUCCACCAAAUUGCUAUUCAUCAUCACACUUUUACACACCUCCCUACUGCCCGCAAUUCUCUCGUUUCUGUACUGGUCACUGCCAGGUGCUAUUGCAAUGUUCAUCCUUGCGGCGGGAGUGGGUCAGAUCGGAGACAGCCUACCAGAACCCGUGUACGCUCUGUUGAGCGGUCUCAACGCGGCGAUCGUCGGAGUUAUCUUGGUCGCUGGCAUCAGUCUCUCCAACAAAGCAAUCACAGACAAGCUGAGCAUGGUUUUGAUUUUUUUGGGAGGAGGCGCUGGGAUCUGCUAUACAGCUCUUUGGUAUUUCCCCGUCCUGAUGACUAUCGGUGGCUUCAUUGCUUUGAUCUACGACAUGCGUUUUAUCCAGCGAUGGUGGACUAGAGGUUCUCUGAAAGUGCAGAAGCGACUACGGGGACGAGGAGACUCUGAAGAGCGUGAAGAUAGACACAGGGAAUCUAUUGAACUGAGAGACCUUGAAGACGACAGUGUUUGGCUCCCGGAAUCGUAUCGUGAAGCGCAAACGGGAAGUGCAAAGAUCAACCCAUCGAGAGACCAUAGCGCAGCUGCAUCUAAGCGUGUGCGCCAGGGUAUGCAGUCGUCAAGUACACCCGAACUGCCGAUAUCUGAGCCAGAAGCCUCCGGAAGUGGCGGAGUCGACGCUAGCAAUAUCCGCUCAGUCCCUACGCCGCAGCCGGAAGAGGAGGAAAAGAAGUACCCCGUGUGGUUGGGCGUGGGAAUAGUAGUCGCGUUCCUGGCAUCUUUUAUUGCUGUUAUGGUUGUUCGAGCGACGACGAAUAACUUGCCUGUUACUUUCCAGCUUUUUGCAAACUUGUACCUUGCCGGAACCAUUAUCUUUGGAGGUGGUCCAGUAGUCAUUCCUCUUUUGCGAGAGUACAUUGUAGCCGAAGGUUGGGUGACAUCCCGAGAUUUCAUCAUCGGUCUUGCCCUGAUCCAGGCCUUCCCCGGUCCAAAUUUCAAUUUUGCCGUCUAUCUGGGAGCUUUGACAUACCACAACCACGGUUCAUCGCUCAUCGGAGGCGCUAUUGUUUCUUUCAUUGCUAUGUACGCUCCUGGAAUGCUGGUAGCCGGGGGAAUGUUUACGUUCUGGAAUAAGCUCCGCCGGUACCCUCUUGUUCUAAGUGUUCUCCGCGGAGUCAACGCUUCGGCAGUGGGUCUGAUCUGGACUGCUAUUUAUCGUAUCUGGGAAUCAGGAUAUCUCUCACAGAAAUGGCAGGACGGCAUCAGCUUGGGUAAUGAUCCUUGGUGGGUAGUCUGUGCCGCUGUCGCGUUUCUCGGCGGCCGGGGAUAUAACGUGCCUGCGCCGAUAUCGAUCUUCAUCGGCGGUAUUAUGGGACUAUGUUGGUAUGCGGUUGUCAGCAAAGAGUAAGAAUUUAUA